AUGGCUGACAGACAUUCUCAGCAAAUCAAAACCACACCAUCUAUGAUCUCCUUCCACGAACAACAGUUGACAAAGGAGCUCGAGCACCUCCAUUCUCGUCUCGAAGAUCAUAAAGUUCAAACAACUAUCGAACAACAUCCUUCAUUCAGGCAACAGAAAUUAGACAAAGAUUUGGUAAGGCAGCUUCUGAGUAGGGUGGAAUACGUGAUGAUGCAGGUCAAGAGCAGACAUUCGUGGGUGGGUCGGACAAAGAGAUUGUUCGGAGCAGAAGAAUUUGACAGGAAAGUCGGCGCUCUUGAAACUGAUACAAACAAGCUGUUUCUGAAGCUGGGUAUCGAAUAG